UCGGCUACUCCUCAGGCCUUCCGACACCCGAAGUCAGUCUCAAUUCAGACGUUGUAUUGACAAGACGUCGAGUUACGGUCCGUCCGGAAGUCCCCGAGUACAGCCGACGGAUUGCGAAAGGCUCCACAAACAACAACCAUCGGCCCUUCCUAGAGGAAGAUCUGUGUGCUGUGGUUUAUCAUUCAGGGGGCCAAAACACGCGCAACAACGGACGACCCCACAGGACCGGGGGGUGCUUCUCGUGUCUCGGGAGGAAGGGACGAAAUUCGCUCCCUAUCCACUAAGCGACGCUGGAUCCCUCCUUCAACUAUUAGACGCGAUGCACUCACCCAAGAAAGCAGAAAUGAUCUCAUCUUCAGAAAGGUGCGGGGUAUUCUUAACAAGCUUACACCGGAAAAGUUUGCAAAGCUGAGCAACGACUUGCUCGACGUCGAGCUCAAUUCCGAUGUGAUUCUCAAAGGUGUCAUUUUAUUGAUCUUUGAUAAGGCGCUCGAUGAACCAAAGUACAGUUCUAUGUACGCACAGCUGUGCAAGCGGCUGUCCGACGAAGCUCCAAACUUUGAACCUCAGAAACCAAACGUUGAAGGUCAAAAACCCCAAAGCACAUUUAAACAGCUGUUACUUAACAAGUGCAAGCUCGAGUUUGAAAAUCGAUCAAAGGCUCACGAGGCAUUCGAUGGUCAGGAUGAUUUGGCCCCGGAGGAGGAGGAGCUCCGUCAGUUGGCAAAACGCAAGAUGCUCGGUAACAUCAAAUUCAUCGGGGAGUUGGGAAAAUUGGAAAUCGUAUCGGAAUCUAUCCUACACCUGUGCAUUCGGCAGUUACUGCCGGAGAGACGGAGGGGGGGAUCCAGGGGGGACAUGGCCAAGGAUAUCGAAUGUCUGUGCCAGAUUAUGCGUACUUGCGGACGCAUUCUGGACUCGGACAAGGCCCGUGGUCUCAUGAAUCAGUACUUCAGACGCAUGAGCGUCUUGGCAGAGAGCAGCGACCUACCCCUGCGCAUCCGUUUUAUGUUACGCGAUGUCAUUGAGUUGCGUCGCGAUGGCUGGGUGCCACGAAAGGCUACCAGUACCGAGGGACCUAUGCCCAUCAAUCUGAUCCGCAAUGACAACGAUGACUCGUCUAGGGGUGGCGGUUAUCACAGGCGAGACGAUCGCCCUAGCAGCGACAUCUUUAGGAAAAUGCGAGGCCUUGACGAUAUGUUGAGUAGUAUCUCACUAAGCUCCCAUUCCUUCAGCAUAGGACCCGCACCGUUUAGUUCUAAUGGCUAUUCGGGACCUGGUAACGUCGGCUACGGACGACACAACCAGCGCAAUCAACCCAACCAUUACCAAAAUCAGAAUCGUCAUCAGAACAAUUACCAGGGGAAGCACAAUCACAAUCAGCAACAACAGAACUCUCCCCAUAAUUACAACAACAAUGGUAACAAAGAGCAGUCUAGAUUGAAUAGGAAGAUACUGAUAAAACAACACUCAGAGGAAGUGUCUCUUAGGCCUGCAGCCAAUUCAAUGGUAUUCAGCGCCAACAUGAAGCCUCCAAACUUACCUCUGAACAGCAGGAUAGGUCUCUUCCCAGGACAUGCAUCUGAGGCUUUGCUCGCAUCGGCUGGUUCUCUAAAGGCUAGCCCACCGUUGCUGCACAAGGAUCCGUCACCGGCGAUUGUGAUCAAGCAGGGUCCGGUAGAGAAACGUGACAAAGUACGCGACAGAAAGGAUAAGGGACCUUCCAAGGAGGAGGUGUUGAAGAAAAUGAACGCUCUUAUGGACGAAUACGUUAAUCAUGGAAAUGUCCAGGAUGCGUUAACGGCUUUCAAGGAUCACAAAGUACCAGAAAGAUUCUUACGUCACGUCAUCUAUGUAUUUUAUUCCAACACGCUCGAUCGAGGUGAUACGGAGCGCGAACUUGCCGGCAAGUUUGUUGUCGAAUUGAAGAAGGAAGGGCUUGUUAACGGGCAACAGAUACUCGAGGGAUGGAAGGAACUCGUCAGCAGUAUGGACGAGAGGGAGAGCACCAUCCCAUGCGUAGCAUCUCACGUCGCCUCCAUUACAGCUAAAACUAUAGUUGACAAUCUCAUGCAGCUGACUGAUCUCGCUUCAGUAACGGAGAACGGGCAACAUCAUCCUCUCUUCCUUUUGACUCUCCAGCAGUUGCACAAGACUCAGGGAAAAGCUAGGCUCAUGCAGAUAUUCAACGAAAGUAAGGUCAACCUGAUGAGUCAGCUGCCAGAGGUGGAGAAGACUAAGGAAAGGCUCGGCAAGAUCCUUGAGGAUAGGGAAUUGACGUUUCUCUACCCUCUGCUCAGGAUCCAAAGGGAGAUAGGGAGACAACUCGAGUCUGAUCCCAGCCCUAACGCCCUAUACAAGUGGAUCAAGGAGAAACUUGACCCUUCGCAUCACUCCGAUCCAAGCUUCAUCAAUGCUCUGAUCACUGUGCUCCUCAAAUAUAUCACACAGGAGACAACAUUAGGUCCGGGUGUCGACCCAGAGUCCCCCGUGGACAAGGCUCUAGCGGAGAAAGAACGUGCGUUGUUAGAAAAGUACGGCCGCGUUCUCGAGUCCUUCCUACCGACCAUCGAUUCUCAAGUGACUGCCGUUCACGCUCUUCAGGUAUUCUGCUAUUCGCACAAAUUCCCCAAGGGGAUGUUACUGCGAUGGUUCAUAGCUCUUUACGAAAUGGAAGUCGUCGACGAGGAGGCCUUCAUGAAGUGGAAGGAGGAUGUUACCGAUGAUUAUCCUGGCAAAGGACAAGCCCUCUUCCAGGUAAAUUCCUGGCUGACAUGGCUUCAGGACGCAUCUUCGGAAGAGGAGGAGGAUGACGGGGACAACUAAAAAGGUGGACGAUGGCCCGCGAAGGGGAGCCCAUCAUCUCUUAAGACUACCUAUUAUUUGAGGAUAGGGUUUUAAUUAUCCACUACACGCUGAGCCGAGGGAUUCCGUUUUAUUAAUUGCGUUGUCUCCAUCUACAACACGGUAAACUGCUACCAACAACAGCAAAAACAACAACAACAACAACAACCUGUCAGUCGGUCGGCCAUUUAGCGGAACGAAGGAAACCUGUGACGUGAUUUUAAAAAAACGAAAACUCCAAAAAAGUAAUGAAAAAAAAAACAAAAAACAAGACGAAACUAAGAAACAAAAUAAAAAAUUUAAUUAAAUACAGUUAAAAAAAAAAUAGCAAAAAGUAAUAAUAAUAAUAAUAAUAACAAACCCGCGGGUGGCGCGACAGACCCUUGAAACAGGAAGUUUUAACGUUUUAGAUAAUUGAAUUAUUAUUAUGAUUUAUAUAAGGAAAUUGGGCCAGCAGAUAUCAAGAUACGCCGCAAUAUGAUUAAUUUAAAGUAUAUGUUUAGACACGGUACGAGCGUAAUGGGAAUAAAGAAACAGAGAACGAGAAAGAGAAAUUGGUUGAAGAAUGGAGUAGAGAAGCCGAGGAAAAGAAAUGAGGGAAGGAAAAAACGAAUGAAUAAAUAAAUUAAUAAACAUAAGAAAUACAAUUACCAAAACUUAAAAACAAAAAAAAAAACGAGAAAACAUAAAAAAAAAAAAUCAAUACUAUAUUAGUCUGGUGAUUUGUGUUGUCCAAGUUUUUGUCUAGUAUUGUGCAUGUGCCACGUUUUGUAAGUCUUUUUGUCCGCGGCCACAAACGAGUCGCUUGUUAUCUCUGUGUACCAGCUUUUACAUUUAUUAUGAUGAAAUAUUAUUAUUAUUAAUUAUAUUAUUAUUAUUAUUAUUAUACUACAAUUAUUUACUUAUUAC